UCACGGAGUCGGUGAACUCGUAAAACUCGUGGCCGGGUGACCAAAAACGACCGGCGAGUGUCACCGGAUAAGGGGGAGAAGGCCCGGAAAAAAGAGAAAGAGAAAGAGAGAGAGAGAGAGAAAAGAAAAGAAAAGAGAUCGAAUAAACGGAUCGAGAGGCGCCGCUUUCGAUCGGGAUAAAAUUCGCUCGAUGCCCGAGACGAAGGGAAUCGGACGAGCGCGGUUGUUGGUGAUCGUCGAAGGGUGCAGAGAGUGCAGUUGCCAACGGUUCCUCUAAGAGAAAUCUCGAGAAAUCGAACGCCAAGUCCCGUGGAUCCUGCUGGUCAACCAAAGGAACCAAAGGCGAACGAGUCCAUCAUGAAGAGGAUCUCGCUGAUUUUAUUGGCGUUCGUGUUCGCGGCGUCCGUCGCAGCGCUGCCACUCCGAGACACCCCGAACGUUCGAUUGUUUCCUCGGGACAAGGACGCGGCUCCAGUUUCCACGGAAACAGGGAUUGUCACCGGCAAGGACGCGACGAAUCAGUCGACAAAAAAGCAAUCAGAGAAGACCGACGGUGGAACGAAAGAGUCUUCGAAAUCCUCGUUACCAGCCUCGAUUCGGGAUAAUAAUCGAGCGGGGGGCAAGGACGAGGACGGUCCCCGCUCGUUGAAACGCGUCAACGAAGCGAGGGACGACAAAACGGGCAAGAAGAGUCGAAGGCAUAAAGCCAUUUUCGUCGAUUACCCGCUCGUACCGCAACUUCCAUUCUCCAACGACAUCGUCCCUUACGACAUCGAUUACCCUAAUAACAAGUUCGACACCGAGGAGAGGAGGACGGAUUCGAGUAACUUCGAGGAAAGCAACAUCUUCUACAUCAGGCUCCCGCCCACGCCGUACAUGUUCGUCCCGGGGUUGGGUUACAUCUCGCAACCGCCCACCUAUUCGACGACCAGCCUUCAACCGCUCGUACAAGCGUACAAGAGACCCGGAAGGCCGAAACCCGCGUACCAGCAAUCCGUCAACCGCCCGUUCAUCAAGCUGCCCAUCGAUUUCGUGAGCAACGGCAAGCCGACGUCGGUCUACCAUUGGCAGAAGAAGACGAACAAGAAACCGACCGACACCCCGAUCACCAAUCUGGACAGUCUCUCCGCCGAUUUCGUGACCAAUGGGAAACCGACCGCCAUCUAUCAGUGGCAGGCCAACGCGAAACCGACCAACAAACCCGACCACGAUCCCGUCCACAAGCUGGACAAAGGCCCGUACGAGUUCAACGGCAAGCCGACCAGUUUCUUUCUGCUGAAACCGGAUGGAACCACCGCGGCGCGUCACCCUUUCCGCUAUCCCGAUUACCAGGAUAAUUCCUAUUAUUGAAGACGCGUGAACGGAGCUCGUUGCUGCCUCGCGAAACGAAGUCCGCCGUUUCCUCGAGUCGUCGAAAGAAGAAAGGAGGAAAGAAAAAUCGGCGGGAUCGAUUGCGGGAUUACGAAUCCUCGAAUCCAUCGUCGGCGGCGAGCGGAGAAGGGCUGAUGAGAGGGCACGGCUCGAUCAGCAUGCACGAGAAACGUGAAACGAAGGGAACGAAUCGAUCGAUUCGCGAUUCUCGUUCGAAUCGUAACUACGUACGUACAGUAUAGAGGCGAAAGAACGAGCGGAUAACCGAUGCCAGGAUACGCGAUUGCUUAGAAAUUGCAUAACCGCGCGAGCUUAAAAGGCGGGCUUCGAAACAAUCGGCUUCUCGGCCGGUCGUAUCGCGUUGCAUUUACAUCUAAAAGUAUGGGUUAUUACUGCGGAUGAUUAUAAAGGAACUGUUCUCCGCGAGGCGGGGAAUUGUUGAAUGAAAAGUUUCAUCGAUGAUCGACGUCUCGAGUGAUACCAUCUCUUUGUCGGAGAUUUGUUUCUUUUCUUUUCUUUUCUUUUCUUUUCUUUUCUUUUUUUUUUUUUUUUAGUUGGUACGGUACCUUCGAGUUCGAUAUCUCGGCGAGGAGAAAUACACGAGCGGAAGUUGGAAAUAAGUUUGAUCCGUGAAUAAGAAUAAGAGAAAUGUCACUGCGGAUGAUCGAUUAAGAAGAAUGGUUGAAACGAGAUAAGAAUGGAAACGGAAAAUAACGAGUUUCCGUUUCUGCACGCUCGAAAUACCUUUUUGAUUUCCACUUGGCAUUCGCCCAUAAUUAAGACAUGUCGCUACGACUAAUUAUUAUGGAGAGUACUUAAUCUCGAACAGACGAUAUAUAUCUACAAUUAUUGUUUUUAACUGUAUAGUUUCUAUUUAUAAGUCUAUUUAUACGUCAAUUAAUUAAAAAACUGCGUAUAUAUAUAUAUAUAUACAUAGCCAGGCUGCAAAAGUAAUCACGACGAUCGUUUGCUCAAACGUAAUUUAAGUGUUGCGUUAAUUGAUCAUUCCUUUUUUUUUAUAUUCGAGCGAAAUCCACGAUUAUCUCUUUUAGUACCGUCACACUGUAUACUUAAUGACGUAUAUUUAUUUGUAAAGUUCGUAUUUUCGUUAUCGAGAGAACUUUUUAUAUAUAUAUUGAUUUAUCUUUUAAUUUUGUAAAUACGUGAAAAAUACACGAAACCUCGAAUCGAUAACUUUCCCGUC